UUUCUUUUAGUGAAACGUCCUGUGAUCUUAGAUGUGAUUGAUAUAUCAAGUCAUUUAAACUUACAUUAUCCGCACAUAGUAGAAAAAAACCAAAAAGGACAAAAGAAACGACGUCGUUGUGUUCUGUGUUCAUCUCGAGGUCUUGGACAGAAACGCACUGAUGUGUUUUGUUCUAUUUGCCCUGGUAAACCAGCGCUGUGUCCUGGUACCUACUUCCCCGAUCCAGUUUAUUGUCCAAACAAUUGUGGUCGCUGCUACAAAGGUGUAAGAAGAAAAGGAAAUCUUAACAGACACAUCAAUUACGAAUGUGGUGUACCGAAAAAAUUCAAAUGUAUUUACUGUUCGAAAAGCUUUGCACAAAAAUAUGAUCUUAAAACACAUUAUAUUUUUGUUCACAAAGUAUAUGAAGUUUCAUCAUUUACUCAUGCGCGAAAACACAUUGAUCCAAUUGAAUGUCCAAAUUUGUGUGGCAGGUCAUACAAAGGCAAAUUUCAAAAAUCUAGUCUCAGAAGACAUCUUAUUUAUGAAUGCGGAGUUGAUCCUCAAUUUCAGUGUCCUGAGUGUCAAAAACGAUUUGCCGAUAAGGGCAGUAUGAAAAGACAUGCUGUAAACAUGCAUUAUAAACAUCUGUUACCAGAUCCUCUAUUCUGUGAGAACAAUUGUGGUCGAUACUAUACGGGAAAAAAACUUUUGUAUGCUGCUGGUCAAAGAUUUAAGUGCCCAAACGAAUGUGGUAAAUCGUACAAAAACAAAUAUACCCUUAAGCGACAUUUAUUUUUUGAAUGUGGUGGUAAAAAAACAUUCUCGUGCAACCUGUGCAGUAAAAAAUUUUCACAGAACACUAAUCUGAAGUCACACUUAGCAUUAAUACAUCAAAUUAUAUCUUAAUUAUUGUUUAAAAUAUGUAUUUUAUUUUAAAUAUAGUUGAAUACAAAACUCUAUCAUUGGAAAACCAUUUAAUAUAUUAUAUGAAUAUUAAUGAUACGAUAAAAUUAAAAUAAGAGCUAAAGUGAUUAGUUAGUUAUUGUUUUUUUUAUACCAGUGAUUACCUAACCUUUUGUCUUCGUGCGGCCCACCAUGAAUACAAAUUCAAUAUUAAAUAUAAGUAUAUUUAUAUCUACUUAUUAUAUGCCCAUAAUUUAUGUAAUGUAAAAACAAACUUUCAUCUCAAAAACAGACUAUGGGUUGAAAGUCUCUGUUAUAUACAGUAGUUGUGCUUAUUGGGCUCACAGUUUAUUGUUUCAUUCAUUGUUUGUUCUUAAACAAACUAAUCCCAAUAUGCACCUAUAUUACCAUAGUAUCACAUAGAAAAUAAUUUGUCUACUGAACCCAAUAUACCGGCUAAUGAUGUUUGUUAUAAUACACAAAUUAACAGAUUACUUUUAAUUUUGAAUAUUUUUAUUAAUUUUCUUCCUAUUGUAAAAUCAUAUAUAAUAGUAUGUCCAAUUUUAUGACUGAAUCGUUCAAUCAGGAUCCCAACUCUAUUAAUAUCAUUAAAUUAAUGUCUCCGAUUUACCAAUUUACUCAACAAACAUUAAUAUAUCUUAACUGUUGUUUAAAUAUUUAUCAGUUUACAUGUAAUCCAUAAAUAAAUAUAAAAAAAUAUAACUUAAUAUGAAAUUUAAUGAAAUAUUGAAAUAUAUAAUAAACAAAUAAUAAUCAAUAUUUAUGUAUGCAUACUGUAGUGGCAGUAGCCUAAUUUCUCUACUUAACUUAUAUUAUAUCUUUUUUAUUUUUACAUACAUACAUAUUUUAUUCUUGGCCUUUCCUCUUAUUGAGUCACUUGAUCAAUAGACCCAAAUGCUCGGGACUGUAUUUGAAAUUAAUAUUCCUAUUCAUCCAAGAAGCCAUUUAAUAUGAGAAAAUGUUUUAGGUAAUAGGUCUAAGCAUCAUCUUAUUAAUUCAUAUAUAUGUGUAUUAUAUAAACAAUAUAUGUAAUUAUGUUUCAAUCAUAUAAUGUUAAUUUAAUACAAUUCAAAAUAUGGUGUUUUUUUUUAAAUAUUCUAUAAUAAUAAUAUUAUGUAUUUGUUAAUAAUUGUUAUUAUAAGUGUACAUACUUAAUCAGAAGUGAAUAAUACUAUUUAUAUCUAUUAAUAUUGCUAUUGUUUAUUUUUUUAAAUUAUAUGUACAUUUUUACCUUGAAGUUCAAUUAAUAACUUGUAGCACAAUUUUUUGUAAUUAUCACUUGGAAAAUGUAUGAUAAAAACUAUGCUUUUUCAUUAAAUUUUAUUAUGAGUCGCUUUAUUAUUACUAUUAGGAUAAAUCAAGUAGGUCGUGCACUUGUGAUUAAAUGAUUUCAAACAAUGCAAAUAUAAAUAUAAAUAAUCUAUAAAAAUGUUAUAUUGUUUAUUAGUAAAACAGAUAAAAAUAUUGAAAUUCUAUGUUUUUCAAAAUAUUAAUAUAAAUCACUUGGAUUUAAUUCAAAUUUUAAUUUCAGGGUAUGAUAAUCAUCAAUCAACAGAAACUCGUCACUUUUGCCCUAAUAAUUGUGGUAAAAGUUAUAAAUUUUCUAAUACCUUAAACCGACAUAUAAAAUAUGAAUGUGGAGAUUUGCGGAAAUUUCAUUGUCCGUGCUGUUCAAAGGCUUUCAGACAAAAAUCAGCUAUGCAAGGACAUGCAGCUACCAUUCAUAAAUGUCUUAUUAAAUAAAGAAAUAUAUAAGUAUAUGAUAUUAUUUAUUAUAUUAAUAAAUAUUUUACAUGUACAUGCAAUACUGUAAUAGUAUAUUUUUUAUUUAUAUACCUAUUUUUAGAAUAGUAUAUUAAAAUUGUAAUCAGAUUAAACUAUAACAUUUAUGAGCCUCAAUAAGUAUUAAUCAAGAAUAAUUUCAUUGUACCACAAUGUUUAAAUAAAAUUGAUUGAAUAAUAUUAAAACAAUAAUAUUUUAAGAGGAUAUCUACUAUUUAAUUGAUCUCGAAUCAGCUUAUAACGCAGUUACUUAUUUGUAUAUCUAACAAUGCAUUAAUACUGUAAUUUUUGCUUUGUUUAAAACUUUAAAAAUAAUUUUAAAAAUUUGUAAGUAGGAUUUUUCAACAUUAUUUUUUAAAUAAGAAGGGUUGAAACAAUGUUACUGGAUACCUUGAUUCAUGCCAUAUGUAAUACAUACAUACAUGUAUAUUGUGUUUUCUAUAGGCUGAUUGUAAAUAUUUGUUUUUCAUUAUAAAAAUAAGAUGAUAAGUUUACUUGUAUUUUAUACA